AUGUUAGGAUCAUUAGGUAAAAUUAAAAAUACCACAAAAUAUUAUUGUUUUGUACUAAAUAUUUUUAAUAAUUUUUAGAAUACUUUUCAUAUAUAUAAUUAAAUUAUAUUCAAAAAUAGAAUAAUCAUGUGUAUUUCAAUAACAUUUUGACCUUGAUGAAUUAUAAGAUGGUUUGAUUUGUAUUUUAUCAUUGUAUUCUAUACUAUUCUCUGCAGUAAUCAAUCAAAAUUACUUAAUGUUUAUUAUUUCAUAAGUUUUAAGACUUAUGUAAUUAUUUUAAUUUAAAAAUUAUGACAGCUCAAAAAAAUUUAUUACUUACUUUUACGAAUUUAGUUAUGUUCAUAAGCCGACCAACUUGCUGCUUUAUUCGUUUACUACUAACCUAAGGUACUAGUGACUAUGUAAAUAUAUGUGUAUGUGUGUGUACUAUAUAUUCAUUAUAUAUAUAUAUAUAUAUAUACACAUAUAUGUAUCAAGUCACAAUUAAAUAACUAAUUGUAGAUUGCUCGUCAUACACGUCACUAAUUGUAGAGUGCUCGUUAUACACGUCAAUUUUGACCCUGACUUGAUUAAGACUAUAGUCAAGUGUUAACACUAGGUUACAACUGUCACAUGCAUUGUUUCCAAGUCACGUGUAAUAUUUCUAAGUAUCUUAUUUCACUCAACUGAACGUGCGAGACAUUGUAAUAAACUAAUUAUUUAUGCAUUGAUUAAAAUCUUAUUCAAUUAAAGUAUCUGCAAAAUGAAAGUAAAAGUUUUAACACGGAAUCCAGAUGAAUUUCUAAGAGAAACAAAACGUGACAUAUAUAAAGGUUAGUUUUGUCUAUAGCUUUUAAUAUAAUGUUUCAAUGAAAUAUGAUGAAUGGUAAAUUAAAUUUUUUCCAUAAACAUUUCUAUAUUUUUCUGUAUCGUCAUUUGUAAUGUGCAAAUGGAUUAACGACUAAUCUUUUACAUUUUAGUACCUAGGAAUUAUGAUCCAGCAUUACAUCCUUUCGAAGCAGCAAGAGAGUAUACAAGGGCUUUAAAUUCAGUAAAGUUAGAUAAAGUAUUUGCUAAACCUUUCAUAGGAUGUUUAGAAGGCCAUAAGGAUGGUGUGUCUUGUUUAUGUAAGCAUCCUUCUCGGUUGUCUACUAUACUUAGUGGAGCUUUCGAUGGAGAAAUAAGACUGUGGAAUCUUACACAUAGAACAUGUAUAUGGAACUUUUUGGCACAUGAUGGCAUAAUACGUGGAAUUGUAUUCAGCCUAAGUGGUGAAAAUUUUAUCUCUGUUGGUGAUGAUAAAACUAUUAAAACUUGGAAGUUGGGAAAUUCGUCGUUUAGUCAAGAAGAACCUAUAAAUACAGUUAUUAGUAAAACUAUAAUAACUGGAAUCUCACAUCAUCAAACUCAACCAAUAUUUGCAACAUGUGGCGAAGUAUGUCAUUUAUGGGAAGAGACUAGGAAUGAACCAAUUCAAACAUUUAAAUGGGGUGUUGACAGUUUAUACGAUAUUAAAUACAAUCCUGUUCAGUCUAAUUUAUUUGCUGCCUGUGCAAGUGAUCGUAGUAUAAUUCUAUAUGACGCCAGAGAAACAGGGCCUUUGCAGAAAAUGUUUAUGAGAUUAAGAACUAAUAAAUUGUCUUGGAAUCCCAUGGAGGCUGUUACUUUCACGUGUGCCAAUGAAGAUUACAAUCUCUAUACCUAUGACAUUCGUAAAUUGAAAACACCAGUAAAUGUGCACAUGGAUCAUAUAGCAGCUGUAAUUGAUGUAGAUUAUUCACCAACUGGUAAAGAAUUUGUAUCUGGUAGCUACGACAAAUCUAUUCGCAUUUUUGAAGCAAAUAAAGGUCAUUCUCGAGAAAUUUAUCAUACAAAACGCAUGCAAAGAUUAACGUGCAUGGGAUGGUCGCUUGAUAAUAAAUAUAUUAUUAGUGGCAGUGAUGAAAUGAAUAUUCGUUUGUGGAAAGCAAGGGCAUCGGAAAAAUUGGGUGUGUUGAGACCCAGAGAAAGAGCAGCGUUAUAUUACAGUGAAGCUUUGAAAGAAAAGUUUGCUGCACAUCCCCAAGUUAAACGAAUUUCUCGACAUAGACAAGUUCCGAAAUAUAUUUAUAAUGCAAAGAAUGAAUUGCGUAUAAUUCGAGAGAAAAGUAAUCGAAAGUACGUAUGAAGAUCCAAGAUAUUUAAACUAUGUCUUUACAUUAAUUUUUAAGAUGCUUUUAUUACAUUUAUUUAUUAUAUUUUAGGGAAGCCAAUAGACGUGCUCAUUCUAAAAAAGGAGCGGUACCUUUUGUUUCGGAAAGAAAAAGACAUGUUGUACAGCGACAUGUAUAACAUACAAUUAUGUAAUACAGCAUUACAGUUUUUUAUAUUGAUUAAAAUAAAAAGAGACUAUAGGACUAUAUUCUAUUAUUUUGAGUCAAUUAACAAGAAAAUUACUCUUUUUAUGCUAUAUUUAAGCAUACGAAGGUUAAUAUUAAUCAUCUAGCUUUCAAAAUGAAAUUAAUUCCAUUACUAAUGAAUAAUACUUUUUAUGGAUAUACAUUGUGGAGUAAAAUACAUCAAGACGUUCAAUAUUUAUUGUAAUAAAUAAUUUUAUUGAAAUUAUACAACGCAUUGCUAUAAUAAUUCGUAAAACGUUACAAACUUCAAGCAGUGAUUAAUGUCUCGUUUAGCGUAGCUUACAACGAUUUAUUAAUUUUCUUCUAUUUUCUUUGCGCAUUUAUCUUAGUAAAUGUUUAUCAAUUUGGCAAUACGAAGAUCAUUCUGUAUCUUCUUCUCAGUGUCAAAGUACAAUAAAUGUCCAUAAACUAGCUAAAAAUCAUGCUGAAGUCUUAUUUCAUGUUUUUGUCAAAGACGGUACAUAGGUAAGUGUUGUUUUUAGUUUUUAGUUUUUAGUCUUCGUACUUUUUGCUUAUUUUAUAUUUUCAAGUCCGCAUUACAGAUGUUACAUUUCCUCGAUUGUUACGGUUUAAAUAAAUGAAUACAAGACACAUUUAUCGAUUUUAUACGUAAAUGCUAGCAUGGUAGAGAGAGGGUAUUUGUAUUUAAUUUAGUACCAGAUAUUUGAACGCGAGUAAACUUCUUAUUAAAAUACUAUUUUAUCAUUUAUCAUUUACCGCGGGACUCUCGCUUAUACUUGUAAUGUUUGUAAAACGAAUCAACGACGUUUUGUCGUUUGUAAAAUCUGGUCUAACGUAUCCGAUGGUGCUUAACUAGAUUUCAAUUUGUUAUCCCUUGUUGUUUCAUACAAAAACGAAAGAAGUCGAAAAGUAGGUGUUCUAUUGAAAUGUUUUUUUUUAAAUUUUACAUUUCGUUGAGCGUAUAAAAAGCGGCACAUAGUUUUCAGUUUUGUUUGUUUAUCAAUUGUAUGUCGAUUAAUACACACGUAAAGUUAUAUAACUAUUUUGUUUCUUUUUCCCCCCCCCUUUUUUUUUUAAAUAUCAACUAUGCGCGCAUAAAUUCUGUACAAGACUAGGUGAGUCGAGCAACUAAAUUAUCAGUGUAAAAUUACUUUUUCAAAGUCAGUUUCAAAGUUCUGUUGUCAUUGUUUCAUAGUCCCUCCUAACUGCCGUCAAUGUCAUUUAAUUAAAUAUGAGUAGUAUUGUAUAACAAUAAUUAUAAUUUAUAUACAUAUAAACACAUUUUUACAUUAAUCUUGUAAAACACUAUUUAACCGCGUGGAGUUUUAAUGGCAAAGUCUUCGAGUGUUUAAAGAUUUUCCUUUUAAUUGAAUUUUGUUAUUGAAAAUUAUGAAAAAUUUCAUUGCGUUGCCUUACAUUCAACCCGUUAAAAGUUAUUUCGAUUUAAUACGUUAGAUUUCUUUUGAUGCUGCUUUUUCUUUUAAAAAAAAUUUCAUCAUUUUCCUGCAUCCACUUCAUCACUGUUGAGUAACCCAACGCUGUCAAAUAAUCUUUGAUUUUUAAACUAAAUUUAACAUCAUAAGGUUUUUCGCACAUUUGUCCGGAACAAAGAAACCAUUCGAAAGACAUUCACGUUGAUAUCGAAAAAUACACUUGGGGUAUCUCAUUUUUUUUUUUUUUUUUUUUCUAAUAACUUCUAUUCGAUCGAAAUGAACUAGCUCGUGAAAAAUGCUGCAAACUAGCUAUCUUUCAAAAUUUUCUAUCGCAGUGUUGGCGUCAAAAAACACGUAUUAACAAAUACCAAUGACGCUGGUGGACUGUUAACAAUUUAA